AUGUGGCUGCCGUUGGUGCUGCUGGCUGUGCUGCUUCUGGCAGUCCUCUGCAGAGGUUACGUGGGGCUUGCGGGCAGCUCCCCGAACCCUUUCUCCGACGACGUCAAGCAGCCCCCUUCGCCCCUGGUGACCGACAAGGAGGCCAGGAAGAAGGUGCUCAAGAAAGCUUUCUUAGACAGCCGAAUUCCAGAGAAGUUGGAUGUUGUGGUGAUAGGCAGUGGCUUUGGGGGCCUGGCUGCAGCUGCAAUUCUGGCCAAAGCUGGCAAGCGAGUUCUGGUGCUGGAACAGCAUACCAAGGCAGGCGGCUGCUGUCAUACCUUUGGAAAGAAUGGCCUUGAAUUUGACACAGGAAUCCAUUAUAUUGGGCGCAUGCAGGAGGGCAGCCUUGGCCAUUUUAUGUUGGACCAGAUCACUGAGGGGCAGCUGGACUGGGCUGCCAUGUCUUCUCCCUUUGACAUCAUGAUACUAGAAGGGCCCGAUGGCCAAAAGCAGUUCCCCAUGUACAGCGGGGAGAAAGCCUACGUUCAGGGCCUCAAGAAGUUUCCCCACGAGAAAGCUGCCAUUGACAAGUAUAUAAAGCUGGAUAAGGUGGUAUCGAGGGGAGUCCUUCAUGCCAUCUUCUUGAAGCUCCUCCCAUUGCCUGUGGUUCAGCUCCUCAGCAAGUGUGGCCUGCUCACUCAUUUCUCUCCGUUUCUCCAUGCAUCCACACAGAGCCUGGCUGAGGUCCUGCGGCAGCUCCCAGAGCUCCGGGCAGUGCUCAGCUACAUCUUUCCCAUUUACGGUGUGACCCCCAGCCAAGGCACCUUUGUCAUGCAUGCUCUGCUGGUUAACCACUUCCUAGAAGGGGCCUUUUUUCCCCGGGGUCCCAGUGAAAUUGCCUUCCACACCAUCCCUGUGAUAGAGCGGGCCGGGGGCACUGUCCUGACCAGGGCUGCUGUGCAGAGUGUGUUGCUGGACUCUGCUGGGAAAGCCUGUGGUGUCAGUGUGAAGAAAGGUCAGAAGCUGGUGAACAUCUACUGCCCCAUUGUAGUCUCCAGCGCAGGCUUGUUCAAUACCUAUGAGCACUUACUGCUGGAGAGUGCCCGCUGUCUGCCAGGCAUGAAGCAGCAGCUGGGGAUGGUACGGCCCAGCCUGGGCAUGAUCUCGGUUUUCAUCUGCCUGCAAGGCAAGGACUUGGGUCUGCAGUCCACCAACCAAUAUGUUUAUUUUGACACAGACAUGGACAAGGCGAUGGAGCACUACCUCUCCAAGCCCAGGGAAAAGGCUGCAGCACACAUGCCCUUUCUCUUCAUUUCUUCAGCCAAGGAUCCGACUUGGGAGGACUGCUUCCCAGACCGGUCCACAAUGAUCGUGCUGGCACCCACGUCCUAUGAGUGGUUUAAGGAGUGGCAGGAGGAGCCCGAGGGAAAGCGGAGCAAUGACUAUGAGACCCUCAAGAACUCCUUUGUUGAAGCCUCUCUGUCCGUUGUCUUGAAGCUGUUCCCGCAACUGGAAGGGAAGGUGGACAGUGUGGCUGGAGGAUCCCCACUGACCAAUCAGUUCUAUCUGGCUGCUUCCGGAGGUGCCACCUAUGGAGCUGACCAUGACCUGGGCCGUCUGCAUCCUUACGUGAUGGCCUCCUUGAGGGCCCAAAGCCCCAUCCCCAACCUCUACCUGACAGGCCAGGAUAUCUUCACCUGUGUGUUGAUGGGGACCCUGCAAGGGGCCCUGCUGUGUAGCAGCACCAUUCUGAAGCGGAACUUGUACUCAAACCUUAGGAAGCUUGGCUCAAGGAUCCAGGCACAGAAGAAGAAUUAGUUGGGUCAGGAAUUCAGCCAGUGCUAUGGCACUGCCCCUGACAUGCCCAUGUCUUCCUGCAUUCUUUUCUUGCUCACAUAAAGCAGUCUUGAUUUC